UUGCUGCUGGCAAACUAUGCGUUAAAUCCUCCUCUGACAAAUAGACAUCUCGUGCAUCUGCUCCACAAGAUCGCAGUAAAGCAGCACCUUCCCGGAGUUCUCUUCCAGCUACGACUUUUUCAUGUUUUUCAGACCAUUAUUGAGGAUCCUGUUGUUGGAAAACUUGACGAAUUUAAGGAGAUGUUGUGCUUCAUCAAGUACAUCCUCCGAAAGUUUUUUGCCACCUUUGAGCGCUCCCACUUGGUUGCUGUGGAGGCGCUCUUCUUGAAGUCCACCAGAGAGGCUGCCGAAGCGCACAACGGCUAUGGCACUUAUGAGAGUGGACACAAGAAGUUCCACUGGACUACUGAGUUGGACAAGGAGUUGGAUCAGCUUUUUGAGGCAUACAGAUAUGAUCCCGUCCCUAAGGGUGAAGAUUUGGUGGAUGUACUAAAGCGCAACCUAUCGGAUCCUGGGGUGACCCGACGUCAAAUCAUUAUGCGUCUGAUCUACCUAGGCAAGGUGGCCUCAGCAAAAAACCUCAAAAUGAUGACUAUUCGCUCAGGUGAGAGAGGGGUUGUUAGACGAAGUCAACGACCACCCUGGAGUGAGGAGGAGAUUAACCUACUCCAUUCGUUGUUUCUCGAGCAUAACGGUUCUUCUCAUCGAUUGGAUGAUGUGAUGACCGAGUUGAGAUUGGAGUACGAGCAGAAAGUACGCCAGGAAAACGAUGAAACGCCCGUGACGGCAGUUCUGCGAAGCCGGCGCGAAGUUAAAAAAAAGCUGAUGGAGCUGGGAUUGGUUGAGGACUUGAGUGAUUUUGGUCAUCAUAGGCGGCAGGCACGUCAAAGGCGCAAUGGAGAGAUGCAGUUAGAAACCUUGGAUGGAGGCAUAUCAAGGGUGGCAAAGGUGAAGAGGUCAUCGCACAGAAGACGAUGGCGGAGUAGGCAGCACAACUCUUCACCAGAAUUGCUCCUUGGUGCCGAUGAACGUUUCAGUGAUGAGGUUUAUCAGGAGCCAACCAACUUUGAAAAUGUCGACACCACUAGCGAGGAGGAACAUCGUAGCAGUAAAGAAUCAGAGCUUCCAAUGCAUUCGGAUUCGGAGGCCAGUUCAAAGGAGGAUUCAGAUGUGCCCAUUCAAAGGGCUUCGGCAUUACCGCCGCAUGCCGUGUCAAGUGAGGAUGUCGAAACUUCCCCACCUGUCAGUUAUAAGAAGCGUCGAAGAGUCGCUCUGGAAGACAACAAGGACAGCGUUGAUGAGUUUGCUGAUGAUGACACGCUAGAUGUGGAAAUUAGCCGAGCGAUUCAGGAGGCCAAGAAUGCGUCUGGCAACAGUGUCGGAGCAAGUCCUCGGAGGAUUCGCGUCUUUGACGACUCCGACGAAGACUGCUGA